AUGAGUACAAGACAAAUCCUACAAGUUUUUGAGCAAUAUCAGAAAGCUAGAACAACUUUCGUACAAACAGUCGCAGAACUAUCAUCUCGGCCACAAAAUAUCGAAAUUUUACAAAAUGCUGGUGUAAUGUCUUUACUUCGCCCACUAUUAUUGGAUAUCGUUCCUACAAUUCAACAAACCGCUGCUUUGGCUUUAGGACGUCUAGCUAAUUAUAAUGAUGAUCUAGCUAUGGCUGUCGUGAAAGGAGAUAUUUUACCGCAACUGGUAUACUCCUUAGCGGAGCAAAAUCGAUUUUACAAGAAAGCAGCUGCUUUUGUAUUGCGAGCGGUGGCUAGACACUCUCCCGAGCUUGCUCAGCAUGUAGUCGAUUGUGGAGCCUUAGAUGCGCUAGUAGUAUGUUUAGAAGAGUUUGAUCCUGGUGUUAAGGAAGCAGCAGCAUGGGCUCUAGGUUAUAUUGCUCGCCAUAAUGCAGAAUUAGCACAAAACGUUGUUGAUGCUGGAGCAGUACCACUUCUAGUACUUUGUGUUCAGGAACCGGAGUUAUCGCUCAAACGCAUUGCAGCAUCUGCUUUAAGUGAUAUAUCAAAGCAUACCUCAGAGUUGGCCCAAACUGUUGUCGAUGCUGGAGCAAUAGCUCAUCUCGCUCAAAUGAUUCUUAACCAGGAUGCAAAGUUAAAGCGCCAAGUCUUUUCAGCUCUCAGCCAGAUUGCAAAACAUUCAGUUGAUCUUGCUGAAAUGGUUGUAGAAGCAGAAAUCUUUCCUGCUGUACUAAAUUGCUUAAAAGAUACGGAUGAAUAUGUGAAGAAGAAUGUAGCGACACUUAUCCGUGAAAUUGCAAAGCAUACGCCUGAGUUAGCACAGCUGAUUGUUAAUGCAGGUGGUGUAGCGGCUGUAGUGGAUUACGUUGGAGAAACCACAGGAAAUGUUCGUUUACCUGGUGUAAUGAUGUUAGGAUAUGUAGCCGCCCACUCUGAAAAUUUAGCCAUGGCCGUUGUAGUAUCGAAGGGUGUUACACAACUAUCACUAACAAUAUCCGAAGAAAAGGAAGAUCACAUUAGGGCUGCCGCAGCAUGGGCUCUAGGUCAAAUAGGUCGACAUACACCUGAGCAUGCACGAGCUGUUGCAUCCGCUAAUGUUUUACCUCGCCUGUUAGAAGCUUAUUUGAGCACAUUUAGUUCAGAAGAUUUGAAAACUAAAGCUAAAAGAGCCUUAAAAAAUAUUUUACAAAAAUGUGUCUAUUUACCGGCAUUGGAACCUUUACUACACGAUGCUCCGCCUAAUAUACUUAAACAUGUUGUUGGUCAAUUCUCUAAAGUUCUACCGCACGAUAGUAAAGCCAGACGAAUGUUUGUUACUAGUGGAGGAUUGAAGAAGGUUCAAGAAAUAAACGCAGAGCCCGGAACCAUUUUACACGAAUAUAUCAACACGAUUAACAGCUGCUACCCAGAAGAAAUUGUGAGGUAUUAUUCCCCUGGUUAUUCUGAACGACUUCUUGAUCGUGUUGAUCAAUAUGCACCUGGCUCGUAA